UUUCCUGCCGAAUGCGCAUUUAGACGAGCGGUGUUCUGCAUAUCCACCGGUGAACACGACCGCGGCACACAAGACAACCAAACACCACCGCCACCAUGUCGUCCAUCGCCAAGACUCGUGAUGAAAUCGAGGAUGAGGUUGCGCGGAUGCAAGCCAGCCGCGCCCAAGCCGCGCAGAGCGCUGACAAUGCCAACCGCGUGAGCAUGGCCUCCGCAGGUGGCUACGACGGCGAUGUGGCAGGGUCGCAGAGCUUUGCCACAUCCAUCUCCACCAUGGACGAGGAUGCCGACGACGACGACGCGUCCAACUUUGAACGCGCCAGCAGAUCCACUGGCGCUGUGCAGCGGCUGGUGGACAGCGUUCGCCUGCAGGGCGAGGAGCAGGACCCCUUUGCUGACAGCAAGAAGAAGACCAUCCGCGACCGCGAGUCCGACUACCAGCUGCAGCGCUUCAACCGCAUGAUCUCGCCCGAGCGCGCAGACCCGUUUGCUGCCGACGCAACCCCACGCCCGCACGACCGCACAUACGCAGACGUCAUGCAGGACUCCAUGGUUGAGAACGAGCAGAAGCUUGUCAUGCGCAAGAUCCAACAGAAGCAGCGCGAGGAAGAAGAGAAGAAGAAGGAAGAAGAACAGCAGCAGCAGCAGCAACAGCAACAGCAACAGCAACAACGACAGGAAGCUCAGAAAGAGCAGCCGCAGGCAACGCCCGAUUCCGGCGUGACCACCGCGUCGACGUCCUCCGGUACAGGCAUGGCGUCGCGAUGGGAUGCAACGCCUGUGCGGCCCGAGAGUGGCAGCGGCGCGGGCGCGUCCCGGUGGGAUGACGAGGGCACUCCUGCACGCAAGAAGUCGCGGUGGGACCAGACGCCAGCCGCUGCCGGCACGGGUCGCCGCAGGAGCAGGUGGGACGAGACGCCAAAGGACGCCAUGGGCGCAGCCACCGCCGCCACGCCAAAUUUUGCUGCAAUGAGCACGCCCAUGGCCAUGGGCAUGGCCACGCCAACGCCGGGCCAGAUGGGGGCGAUGACCCCCGACCAGCGGCAGCGCGUGCGGUGGGAGAAGGACAUGGACGAGCGCAACCGCCCGCUCUCCGAUGAGGACCUCGACAUGAUGCUGCCGACAGAAGGGUUCAAGAUCCUGGAGCCGCCGGCGUCGUACCAGCCCAUCCGCACGCCGUCGCGGCGCAUCUACUCGACGCCCACGCCCAUGAGUGGCAUGGCCGGGUUCAGCAUCCCGCUGGAGGACAAGGCGGCCAAGGCAAGCGACCUGGGUCUGCCCACGCUCGCCGACGAGUCGCUGCCGUCGCUCAAGCCCGAGGACGAGGCCCACUUUGCCAAGCUGAUGCAGGACGUGGACGAGGGCCAGCUCGACGCCGACGCGCGCAAGGAGCGGGCGAUUAUGAAGCUGCUGCUGCGCAUCAAGAACGGCACGCCGCCCAUGCGCAAGACGGCGCUGCGGCAGAUCACAGACAAGGCGCGCGAGUUUGGGCCCGGCCCGCUGUUCAACCAGAUUCUGCCACUGCUCAUGUCGCCGUCACUGGAGGACCAGGAGCGCCACUUUCUGGUGAAGGUCAUUGACCGCAUCCUGUACAAGCUCGACGACCUGGUGCGCCCGUAUGUGCACAAGAUCCUGGUGGUGAUUGAGCCGCUGCUGAUUGACGAGGACUACUAUGCGCGCGUUGAGGGCCGCGAGAUCAUCUCCAACCUGGCAAAGGCCGCCGGCCUCGCCAGCAUGAUCUCCGUCAUGCGUCCAGACAUUGACAACGUGGAUGAGUACGUGCGCAACAUCACUGCGCGCGCGUUUGCGGUGGUGGCCUCUGCGCUCGGCAUUCCCUCGCUGCUGCCCUUCCUCAAGGCCGUGUGCCGGUCCAAGAAGUCGUGGCAGGCGCGCCACACGGGCAUCAAGAUUGUGCAGCAGAUUGCGGUGCUCAUGGGCUGUGCUGUGCUGCCGCACCUGCGCAACCUGGUCAAGAUUGUGGAGCACGGCCUGCAGGACAACGAGCCCAAGGUCAAGACCAUCACCGCGCUCGCCCUCGCUGCGCUGGCAGAGUCGGCUGCGCCGUACGGCAUUGAGUCCUUUGAUCAGGUCCUGCUGCCGCUGUACCACGGCAUCAGCCAGCAGCGCUCCAAGGCCCUCGCCGCGUUUCUCAAGGCGAUUGGCUUCAUCAUCCCACUCAUGGACCCGGACGCAGCAAACUACUACACAAGGGAAGUGAUGGGCGUUUUGAUCCGAGAAUUCCAAUCCCCGGAUGACGAGAUGAAGAAGAUUGUGCUUAAGGUUGUGAAGCAGUGUUGCGGAACCGACGGCGUGGACGCCGCGUACAUCCGGGACGAAAUUCUGCCGCACUUUUUCAAGCAUUUCUGGAACGUGCGCAUGUCGCUGGACCGCCGCAACUACGCGCAGCUUGUGGAGACGACGGUGGAGCUGGCCAACAAGGUUGGCGCGCCUGAGAUGGUGUCUCGCCUUGUCAACGACCUCAAUGACGAGAACGAGGGCUAUCGUAAGAUGGUCGUCGACGCAAUCGACAAGAUUCUGCGCAACCUUGGGGCGGCGGACAUUGACAAGGAGCUUGAGCGGCAGCUGAUGGAGAGCAUGCUGUUUGCCUUCCAGGAGCAGACGACGGAGGACGAUGUGCUCCUCAACGGCUUUGGCAGCGUCGUCAACGCUCUUGGGAAGCGCACGCGCGACUACCUCCCACAGAUCUGCGGUACCAUCCUCUGGCGCCUCAACAACAAAUCUGCAAAGGUGCGCCAACAAGCGGCCGACCUCGUGUCGCGCAUUGCGGUGGUGAUGAACGACUGCGGAGAGAUUAAGCUGAUGAACAACCUGGGCGUUGUGCUGUACGAGUACCUUGGUGAAGAGUAUCCAGAGGUGCUUGGCUCCAUCCUUGGCGCCCUCAAGUCCCUCGUCAACGUCAUUGGUAUGGAGCGCAUGCAGCCGCCCGUGAAGGACCUGCUGCCGCGCCUGACGCCCAUCCUGAAGAACAGGCACGAGAAGGUGCAGGAGAACUGCAUUGACCUCGUGGGCCGCAUUGCCGAUCGCGGCCCCGAAUACGUCUCUCCAAAGGAGUGGAUGCGCAUCUGCUUCGAGUUGCUGGAGUUGCUGAAGGCGCACAAGAAGGCAAUUCGGCGCGCAACCGUCAACACGUUUGGCUACAUUGCCAAGGCCAUUGGCCCCCAGGAUGUGCUGGCAACCCUGCUCAACAACCUCAAAGUGCAGGAGCGACAGCUGCGCGUGUGCACAACUGUGGCCAUCGCCAUUGUUGCCGAGACGUGCUCCCCUUUUACCGUCCUCCCUGGUCUGAUGAACGAAUACCGCGUCCCUGAGCUCAACGUGCAGAAUGGCGUGCUCAAGUCGCUGUCGUUCCUGUUUGAGUACAUUGGUGAGAUGGGCAAGGACUACAUCUAUGCCGUCACACCGCUCCUGCAGGACGCCCUCAUGGACCGCGACGCCGUGCACAGACAGACUGCUUGCACGGCCAUCAAGCACAUGUCGCUCGGCGUGUAUGGCUUUGGCAAUGAGGAUGCGCUCACGCAUCUCCUCAACUUUGUCUGGCCCAACAUCUUCGAGACGUCGCCGCACGUGAUCAACGCUGUGAUGGAUGCAAUUGGUGGCCUUCGCGUUGCGCUCGGCCCAUCCCGCAUCCUCUCAUACACACUCCAGGGCCUGUUUCACCCAGCAAGAAAGGUGCGGCAAGUGUACUGGAAAAUCUACAACACGCUCUACAUUGGCUGCCAGGACGCCCUUGUUGCGUAUUAUCCCUCGUUUGAUGACGAGAACAAGCGCUCAUACCGCCGCCGCGAACUGGAAUAUGUCUUGUAGACGUCCGUGUGUGUAUGCGUUGUGUGCACCUUUACAUUCGGUGCAGGCGGUGGUUCACGUGGCGUCUUUUGUCAAGUUGUCACAUCCCCUCCCUUCUUGAUCUCCUUGCCCUUGUUUCUCCCUCUCUCGUGAAAGUGAAUGAACCUACUUCCUCAAACAUCGCGUUGGUAAAGCACGCACACGCGCACGCACACCCACACAAAAAGUCUCGUCCGCG